AUGGGCGGCAAUGCAUUCUCCCAGGGCGACGACGCUCUAAGCACGCCUCGAAUGCCUCCUGAGCUCUACUUCAAGCUCAAGCGAGAAUACCAAGAAACUCUUCAACAGUUCUACAACGAGGUCAGAUGUCCGCAAGAGGUUCCCGACAAGCCCGACCACGGCGACAUCGACUUCCUGGUAGCAGGACUCAAGCAUGGUUGCGUGCGCGACGACGUAGCCGUCGGGCUGCGGGCGGAAAGAUGGACGAAGACCCACCCGGCGGUCAGCUAUGCAGUCCCCUUGGCCGGAACAGACGACCAAUACGUACAGGUCGACCUGCUAGAGUGCCCGCCAGACAUGCUGGACUGGGAUGUCUUCAUGAAGUCCUACGGUGACCUGUGGCAGAUUUUCGGACACACGCUGCGGAACCUCGGCUUUACGGCCAACGUCAAGGGAUUCCACCUGCGCAUUCCGGAGAUCGAGGCGAGGAAUCAGAAGGAGAGUAUGCUGCUCCUAACGAAGGACCCGGACGCGGUCAUGGCCUUUCUGGGACUGGACGCGAACAAGUGGCAUGGCCGGAGCACACUAGGGCAAGGCCCAGCAGGCUUUACGAGUGUGGAAGACAUCUUUGAGUGGUGUACCAGCGGUCGAUUCUUCAGCCUUGAGUUUCUGAACGAUAAGAGGGAGAAGUCGAAUGAUCGGCGGCGUCUGAAGCAGCGUUCCAUGUUUGCGAGCUUCUUGAACGAGUGGUUGCCAGCUCGUCCAGAGUUAAGAGUAGAAGACCUGAAGUGGACAAGGCAGGAGAUCCUGAAGCUAGCGCUAAGCGCAUUCAACCAGCAGAAAGAGUAUGAGAAGAUGAUGCAUACGCACGACAUCAUGUUAAGGGAGGAUGCACUCUGGGAAGAGGUAAGGAGAGUCGUACCCAAGCAGGGAGACCAGCUGAACUUGGUUCUCCGGGCUCUGAAGCGGUGGGUGCAAUUCGAGAACGGUAAGCCUGAGCUGCGUCAUGAAGCGGACAUGCACGAUGAGAAUCGGCCUCCUUGGGCAUCAACGGUUGACGAAGAGGACCAGGAAGGCCUGGUCAACUGGGUCCAAGAGAACUGGGAGAGAGUGAAGGACAAGGAGAAAAGCCGCAUCAGCCAGGCCAAGCGUGAGCGUCGAGAAAGCGGACAAGCUGUAUCCCUAGUUUAA